CACAUUUUAUUUAUGUUAUAUUUAUUUCAAAUCUAUUAUCAAUAUUCUUGAGAAACUCACCUGCUUUAUUUACUUAUGUUGGUGAAUGGAAGUCAGUAUUACUCCAGAAAAUUGCAUUUACACUUCAUGUUUUUGUGAGGAAAACGUCUGGAAAUUAUGUGAAAGUUUUAAAGAGAAACUUCGUCUAUGUGAAUUUUAUGUUGUAUUUAUUUCAAAUCCAAGCAAACAGAUCCCCUUAUGGUGUCAAAGAUCAAGUGAAAUAAAUUCACAACCAGUUGUAUGGGAUUAUCAUGUAAUUUUACUACAUAAAAGAACAACAGAUGCCUAUGUAUAUGACCUGGAUACCACACUAGAUUUCCCUUGCAAUCUCAAAGAAUAUGCUGAAAAAGCCUUACAAAACGAAAGCCAAUUUAUCACAACUUUUCAUAGGUUUUUCCGGGUAAUUCCAGCACCGUAUUUUCUAAAAACAUUUGCGUCUGAUCGUUCCCACAUGAAAAACAACGAUGGAGAAUGGAUGAAACCACCUCCUAAUUAUCCACUGAUCAAAACACAAGAUUCUUCAAUGAAUUUGUUUGAAUUUAUUGAUAUGAAAACAGACAAUGGUCAUGGAACAAUAAUGGACAUGAAAAAACUAUUGGAACACUUCUAUUGUGAAGUCAAUUGGUUGCAAUAACUGCUACAAAAAAAUUUCCCAUGCAUGGAGAGUAUUUGUCAUUAAUCAGAUGUAUGACUUUAGACAUCCUCUGUCAUUUGGCUACGUUUGAUCACUAGGAUCUCCAUUAUCUGUAGGAAUUAACCACUGGUGUCUUAAGAUUAGUGGAUGCAUUACACUUUAUAUAACAAAUUGCAUGACAGGACCUUUGCGUCAAGGAUUUUACCACCACAGUGAAUAAUUUGUAUGUAAAAAUCACAAGUGAAGAAACAACUCAUUAUUACAGUCAAUACCAAAACAAACUUUGCUUAUAAAUAAUCAUUCACAUAUGUACAAUAUUCACUCAAAAAUUAGUUGAUUUACAGUAG